UUAAUUGUAUUUCCUCAUCCAAUUUAUUGGUUUAACCUUCUAAUAAGCUGGUUUUAGAUUCAGAAACUAAUCGGAAGUUCAAAAUAUGUUCCCAAUCGUUAAAAGAAGUGAUAAUUUCUAAAUUUCCAAUGCGAUAAGAUAGAACUAUAAAGUUUGUUUGGAAUCUUAAUGGCGGAUUUGUACCACGUGAUCGAGCUAGCUAAUCAAAUGCGUGACGGUCAAUGGCCAUACUGUGGGUAAUAAUAUUUACUGUACAUUAGACCAUUACACAAGAUUUAGUUCGGUAAUAGCGUUUCAAAAGAUUCGGAAAAUUACAAUUCAGUUACGAAAAUUGAUAUAAUGAUGUUGAUUUGAAUCGUGAUGAUAAUCUCUAAAAAAUAUGUCCUGCGGAUUGUUGGGAUGGAUGCAUGAAGCACCAUUGAGGCUACAUUUUUCAUCACGGAUGUUAAAAUGUAGACUAGGGAACAAGAACUUGACACAUUUAUUAAGAAAUUAAUUUGUGUCUUUGUCAAUUAUUAGCUUGUCAAAGAAGAAGCUCAUCACUCGUGAAUCAAACCGUGACUAAUGAAUUCAAAGACGAGUUACCUGCUACUAAAUUAUUAAUCUACUAUGUAAACUGAAUACCUACAGCUUUCACCCAAUUUACGCGUUUAAUUCACAGUAAUAUAUUCAGUUUGAAAAAGCAAAUUAGUAUUAUGUGGAGCAUGAAACUGUUAAGAAACACAGUUGAAGAUAUCCACUAUCCCCCCACGCUUUUGCAAAGCUUGGUCUAUUCGAUCCACUCUUUGCUCUGCCAGUCGUAUAGGAGAACAUUGAUGACACUUGUUCUGGUUGUAGUGUUUUAUAUAUGUUCUGAUCUUCAUGUAGGUGGAAAAUAGUCAUGCUGGUCCAUGGAAAAGUGACCAAUUCAACUUUGUGUCAGUCCAGGACGUUUGUGUUGUUCUUAAUAGGUUUUAUUUUCGUAAACUCUUCCAAGGGAUUUUCUCAAAUCAAUGUAUUGAAAGAAGCUGAUAAUGACAAAAUCAAUUCAAUGUCUGGUAACACUACAAUUGGUGGACAAAAAGGCUUCAUACCAGUGCAGUGUAAAGCUGGAACUGCCGAUGGCAUGUGCCUCACUGGUGAGCAAUGCUUUAGUAGAGGAGGUCAACUGGGCAAGGCUUGCCGUACUAUGGACUACUAUUGCUGCUCUUUUAUGCAAACGUGUGGUGACACCACGAGAGAGCUCGUGUCUUAUUUUCGGUCCCCUGACUAUCCAGCCAGGUCUUCAGGAACUCUUGCCUGUGACUUCGACUUGAUUAUUCAAGAUAACAUCUGUGCUGUCAGGUAAACUCAAACUUAGUUUCCCUAAUCAUCAACACAUCCCUAAAUAUCACUGACUUUCUGGGUUUGAUGAUAGUAUUUAUGAAUAUUUAUUUACUUACCGUAUUCAUUCAUUAGUCUGAAUGUCAUCAAAUCAAAUCAAAACAAUCAAAUCAAAAUUAUUUAUUCACAAUA